GUCCACGUCGCCUCCCUCCCUGGAAGCAAACCCCAGCUGCCGACUGCCGCCCGCGUCGCCCAGCCAUGGCGGCGGCGCUGCUGACGCCGACGCAGCGCUACGCGGCGGGGGCCCUGCUGGCGCUCGCGCUCCGCCAGGCGCAGAUCCACCAGUCCGUCCUCCUCGGCUCCUCCCCCGCCGCCGACGACGAGGAGGAGCGCGCCAGCAGCGCCAGCGGCGGCAGCGGCAGCGGCAGCGGUAGCAGCAGCUCCACCGGAGGCAGCGGGGAAGACGCCGCAGCCGCCGCCAAGGCGCUCUGGACGCACGACUCCCGCGGCCUCCUCCGCCCCGUCUUCAGGUUCCUGGAGAUCGACCCCGCCGCGUGGCCGGGGCUGGAGGAGACGGCGGCCUCGCCGGAGGCCAAGCACCACAUCGGCGCGUUUCUGAGGAUGAUCUUCGAAGAAGAUGCCGAGAGCUCUUCGGAUAGCCAGGACCAGGAACACGCGUUGGCUAAAGGAGUUGAUGUCAUGGUGAUGAGCCUGAGCAGUGACACUGCCAUGGAUGAAUCGUCAACCAAAGAGGUUGAUCAAGGGACUUCUACUAGUUCUGGUGUGGCUCAAUCCUCGGCGAAAGGCUUUGCUGAUGACUUGCUGGGAAUCGAUAAGUUGUCCCUGGAUGACGUUCCUGCUACCGAUCACCGGAAGAUGACGCUGUUGUUUACGCUCCUCUCUGCCUGCGUGGCUGAUAAACCCGUAUCGCAAGAGGAAGACGACAGGAAGUCCUCUCACUUCAGGAAGGGCUACGACGCUCGGCAUCGGGUCGCUCUUCGAUUGCUAGCAACAUGGCUUGAUGUCAAGUGGAUCAAAAUGGAAGCCAUCGAAGUUAUGGUAGCAUGCUCUGCUAUGGCAGCAGCAAAAGAACAAGAACAGUCAGGAGAAAACGCGUCGCCCAAAAGCAAAUGGGCGAAAUGGAAGCGCGGAGGAAUCAUUGGUGCAGCUGCAUUGACUGGAGGAGCAUUACUGGCUAUUACUGGGGGUUUAGCUGCUCCAGCAAUUGCUGCCGGGUUUGGUGCUCUUGCUCCAACGCUAGGCACACUUAUGCCUGUUAUAGGAGCUAGUGGAUUUGCUGCUAUGGCUACUGCUGCGGGGUCUGUUGCUGGCUCUGUGGCUGUGGCUGCAUCAUUUGGGGCUGCUGGAGCUGGCUUGACGGGGACCAAAAUGGCCAGAAGGAUUGGUAGUGUGAAAGAAUUUGAGUUCAAACCGAUUGGUGAGAACCAUAACCAGGGUCGUCUUGCGGUUGGCAUCUUGGUUUCUGGAUUUGCUUUUGAUGAGGAGGAUUACAUUAGACCUUGGGAAGGAUGGAAGGAUAACCUAGAAAGGUAUAUUCUUCAGUGGGAGUCUAAGCAUAUAAUUGCAGUGAGUACAGCAAUACAAGAUUGGCUGACAUCAAGACUUGCUUUGGAAUUGAUGAAGCAAGGUGCGAUGAGAACAGUCUUAAGCGGCUUUCUUGCAGCAUUUGCAUGGCCUGCUACUCUGCUUGCAGCUACAGAUUUUAUCGAUAGUAAAUGGUCCGUUGCUAUUGAUAGAUCAGACAAGGCAGGGAAAAUGCUUGCUGAAGUACUCAUGAAGGGCUCGCAAGGGAACAGGCCUGUUACCCUCAUUGGGUUUUCGCUAGGGGCACGUGUCAUAUUCAAGUGCUUACAGGAGCUUGCUUUAUCAAGCGAUAAUGAGGGACUCGUCGAGAGGGUUGUGCUCCUAGGCGCGCCGGUUUCGGUCAAAGGCGAGCGGUGGGAGCCUGCUAGGAAGAUGGUUGCUGGAAGGUUUGUGAACGUGUACUCCAAAGAUGACUGGAUUCUCGGCGUCACCUUCCGCGCAAGUCUACUCACACAAGGAUUGGCUGGGAUACAGGCCGUCGAUGUCCCCGGCGUCGAAAAUGUCGAUGUCACCGAGCUCGUCGAUGGCCAUUCUUCCUACCUGUCAGCUGCGCAGCUGAUCCUGGAGCACCUGGAACUAAACACCUACUAUCCUGUCUUUGCCCCCUUCACAGCAGUUAGCAAGUAACAGGUGUAGCAGUUGCCUAGACAAGGGUACAAAUUACACUUGUAGGGUUCAACGAAAAUGAUGUGUGUAUAUAGAAACAUAAUGAGCUUUUGUGCUGUA